UCGCCAGAGUCGAUGUCUCCGCCCACCAGCCAGGCGAGCUCCGCCCUCACGCCCCGCCCAUGCUGUGGGAAUCAGGUGAUCUCAGGCUGGCAAGGUCACGUGGUCGGGGCGCGCCAGCCCGUUGUGGCCAUGGAGGCCGCAGUUUCCAGUGUGGUGAGGCGAGUGGAAGAGCUCGGUGACCUGGCUCAGGCUCACAUACAGCAACUGAGCGAAGCUGCGGGUGAAGACGAUCAUUUUUUAAUUCGGGCCUCUGCAGCUCUAGAAAAGUUGAAACUCUUGUGUGGAGAAGAGAAAGAACGUUCAAAUCCAUCCAAUCUUCUAGAACUUUACACGCAGGCCAUUUUGGACAUGACAUAUUUUGAGGAGAACAAGUUAGUAGAUGAAGAUUUUCCUGAAGACUCUUCUUCACAGAAAGUAAAAGAGCUGAUCAGUUUUCUUUCAGAACCAGAGAUUUUAGUUAAAGAAAAUAAUGUGCAUCCAAAACAUUGCAGUUUGCUUGGGGACGAGCUACUGGAAUGUCUCUCUUGGAGACGAGGAGCCCUAUUGUACAUGUAUUGUCAUUCUCUGACUAAAAGAAGAGAGUGGCUCUUGAGAAAAUCUAGUUUACUUACAAAGUACCUUGUUGAUGGGAUCAAUUACUUGCUACAGAUGCUAAACUAUCGGUGUCCUAUCCAGUUAAAUGAAGGAGUUUCUUUCCAAGACCUAGACACAGCUAAAUUACUGAGUGCAGGAAUAUUUAGUGACAUUCAUUUGCUGGCUAUGAUGUAUAGUGGAGAAAUGUGCUACUGGGGAUUGAAGCAUUGUACAAAUCAGCAGCCAGAUAAUCAUGAAGUGGAUACUGGUAUUUCUGGAGCCAGCUGCACUACACACAAAGAACCCUUGGAUUUUCGAGAAGUAGGAGAAAAAAUUUUGAAAAAGUAUGUAUCUGUGUGUGAAGGACCCCUGAAAGAACAAGAGUGGAAUACAACAAAUGCGAAACAAAUUUUAAACUUCUUCCAGCAUCACUGUAACUAGUAGUUCAUCUAGUCUUUUUCAGUCAGAAAGACAAAAAGACCCAUGAAAUGGAAAAAAAGUUUCAGAAAAGAAGACAUAUUGACACUCAUUCUGAAAACAUUACACUACAUAAAACUAUCCGGUGUGGUUAGGUUACCCUUUGUAAAAUACUAUCAUCAUCUUUCAUUAUAUAUUCUUAAGCCCAUGUAGAAAUGAUUCUUUUAAUUUCUAAACUGAUGUAUAUAUUAUUCUAUCUCACUUUGAACUAGAUAUCCUGUCACUAGUAAGGAAAACUCAAGUUAGCUUUAGUAUAAUUCUUUUCUCUAAUACAUUAGAUUAUUUUUAAAUUGUGAUGAAGUAUAUAUGUAGCACAAAAUUUAAUCUCCCUGUCUUGAAGCUUGCCAUGCUUCAAACGUUAAAAUCAGUUCAGGAGCCAGGGAUUUAGCUCAGUUGUGCCACUGCCUGGCUCACAAGCACAAGGUCCUGAGUUCGAUCCCCAGUACCAAAAAUAUCAGUUCACCUCAUUGCUUUGACUAGAUAGUAAUAUAAAUGUAGGCAAAAUGAGAGAUUAUGACAAAUAUUUAGACUUCAUUUCUAAUAAUGUAAAUAACAAAAGGCUCCACAAAGAAAUCAGUUGUGUUUAUUUUGCCAUGUAUUACCAGUCUUGUUUAAAAUUUUUACUUUUUAGACAUUUUAUAAAAGUUUUAAAUUUUUUUUCCUAUUUUAUUUUAAAUGCAUGUUUUCUCAAGUAAUGAAGAUAAAAACCGACUUAGGUUUUAAAAGAUAAAAACCAAGUUAGUCCAUAUGCUAUUAGGCUAUAUCUUUUCAUACUGUAUUGAAACUUUAAUAUUUUUUGCUUUUAAUAGUUGGUGAAAUACUAAAGGUCAAGGAACCUAACUUGAUAACUUGCUUGCUGUCCUUCUGUCUACCUCAACUCCUACUGUUAUCUUGGGCUGAUCUGUCUGAAACCUUGCUGUAAACUAGACUGCUGCCCGAAUGACUUUAUCACAUUCCAGCAACUUCCUCCCAUGGAUAAACCUUGAGCCCCAACUAUCCUGAGUUAGACCUUCCGAAAUCCUCAAUUUCAGUAACUGAUGACAGUUCUCAUCCUGCCAGCUUUUUUACUUCCUUAAAUUUAUUGAUUUUUCUUUUCUUUUACUUUUAUUCUAUAAUCUGUAGCUUCUUCACAGCCUUCUUUUCUUAAGUGCUCCCCUCAGUACUACAUUAUCAUCCGCUUUCAAAUGUUUUUGUGCACUCACCAUAAGAACUCCUGUUACCAGUUGUUCCCUCUUCCAUCUUAUCCUUCGGCCCACUCAUUUUACAAGCCCUUAGCAUUGAAUUAAUCCUCGUAUUAACAUCUAGACUGCUUCAUGGAAAGAGCAUACAGUCAUUCAAAGUGGAAUCACUACAAGUGUCUCACUUCAGCUUUCGAAGAGCCCUCACUUAUGAGCCUUUGGUUUUUUACUAGGGUGGCCUUUAUGUCUUUUCCCACUGUGGUUGAGCCAGAAACUUCACUUUUUCAGGCUCUCUCCCCUCCUCCCUACCAUAUAGAAAAUUGAGACUGUAAGAUCAAGUAAUAUUAACCAUUUAUUCAUUUUCCCCAUUUUAGAGAAGUUAUUGCUUCCUGGUGAAGGCUAAUCUAUGCUACAAGAUUUCGUCUAUACUAUUUCCCUCAUUUCUCUUGUUCUCAUUUUAUAUCUUUUUAGUGUAUUGAUCUUUUAUUAAAGUUCUAUUCUCCUCUUUUCAUUUCCUCUCCUUUUUACUUUAAAUACUUUUGUUACAUUAUUUAUAGCAAUUUCUUUUUCUACCACCUGUAAUAUCAGGCUGACUCAAAACAGUACUAGAACCCUAGCCUCCCUCGCUUAGAUAAACAGCCCGUGUAAUUUUAACUUUAGUGUAUCAAAACAGGUCAUCUUCCAUGCAGAAUGUUUUAUGUGUCAUGUGUUCUCAUUUUGGAAUUAACUGUAGAGCAGAAAAACACAAAACGCCUGUCUUCCCAGCCUCAUCUCUACUAUCAUGUUCUAGUCCAGUGUUCCUCAAAAACUCACAACACAGGUUCCUUUUUGGUAAACAUAAAAUUCUGCAAGAGCCCCUGGGGCCAGGGGAAACUCCCUGUCCCUGCCCAGACCGUUGAAUUAUCCUUACACAGCAAAGACUAUUUUUAUUUCAGCAUUUUAGCAGGCAGUGUUAUGAAAAUAUCUUUGUGUUUUCUGAAUGUAAAGAUAUAAACCAUUUUUAACUGUCCCUCCUUUUGGAGAUCAUGAUCAAGUACUUCCAGUUCCUUUGCCAAAUGUACUUAUGUUUUCAACCUCAGUAGUUUUUUAGACAUCAUUACUGCUAUGCCCUUUUUUGUGGCCAAGUAAAUACAUAUCUCUUAGGGUGCAGGUUCAGUAACAGUGUCCAAAGGCUUUUUUUGGCUCUUUCUAGUCAAAAUUAGAUGUUCCUUUGUUAAGUUUCCUUAGUUUUCCCCUCCCAUAUUAACAAACUUACCAUGUUGCUUUUUCAUGCAUGCCAUAUUUUAAAAGUUUUCCUUUAUAUAUAGUGUUUAGUGUAUGGUAGGCCCUUAUUAAUGUUUUCCUGAAUUAAUGAGGCAUGACUCUAAGUGCCAAACUGCACAAAAGGGUUGCUGCUAUUAGAUUCCAAACUGCCAUGCCCUUUACACCAGUGGUUGACAAGCAAACAGAGACAUAGUCCUUACAGAAAUAAAGUUAAGUACUAUUAGAUUCUGAACCUGUGGAAACGAGAGAAUUUUAUUUUCAGAAAUUGGGAGCUUCCAUUUUGAGUGCAUGGCCCUUGUGAACUCUGGUCAGUACAAUUAUGAGGGUAUUACUGGAUGCUUUUGUAUAAUUUUCCAUCCUGGAAACAAUUGGAGAAUAAUUUGUAAACCAUAACAGUUAUAAAUGCUUUGUACUCUGAUGCAUUAUAAAGAACAUAUUUCUGUAUAUGUGAAAGCCUGCUAAGUAAAUUCUCUUUCAUUUAGAAUGAAAUAACCUCAGUGUACCAAACACUCCACGUAAGAAAAGUACUAUAAUGUAUUCAUUUAUUCGAUUAACUCCUGUGUGCCUACUACAUGUCAUAUUUUGUUUUGGGUACUGAGGAUAAUAGCUUUGUUAACACUCCUUUUUCAGAGCUUGUAUUCUAGUGGAGAAAGACAAAGUGUUUUAAGAAAUAAAUGUAUAAUGUGUCAAGUGGUGAGUACUAUGAAGAAUAUAGCAGAGUAAGAGUCUACUGUGACUUGGAUAUGGGUGCUAUUUUAUUUAGAGUGGUUGGGAAGGCACCUCUAAUCACCUGUCUACUGCUUUAGCAUUUGUGUCUUCAAAUUCCACUCUGUUGGGUGGAAUAUAUAUCCUUUGUAUAUUUAUUAUAUUCACAAAGUUAUUCUUUCUUAUGGAUGUUCUGAUAAUAAAGAAUAAGUAACUACUUAAGACCUCUUUUUUGUUAUAUUUAAGGGAUUUCUCUUCAAUAUGGGCUUUACUAAUGGUUAAGUAUUAAUUACCUAAAGACCUUGUUGCACUUUUACACUUGGGGUUUCUCCUCUGUUUGAAUUCUCUGAUGGUUACUAAAAGUUAAACUGUUAAAUGAUUUUUCAUAAUCCUUAAACUUGUAUGAUUUUCCCAGUAUGAAUUUUCUGAUGUCAACUGGGAAUUAAGACUUACUUAAGGUCCUGUUUUCUUACAUUUAUAACAUUUCUGACUAUGUGAAUUGGUUGAUGCUGAUUAAAGUGCAAAUCACAA